CAAGUGAUUUCAGACGACGGUGGCUGUGGCGCGGCUCUGCGACUCCGCGAGCUCGACCUCCUUCUCCUCAUCGUCAUGUACAACGAGGACCGCUGGUCGACGCCUGUACUGUAUUGCGUUACACAGCGCUGUUAAUUCGACACGCGCGACAGGCUAUACGCCAACUUGUGGCUCGGCCACUAGUAUUCACAGGGGCUUACUUUCACCGUGGUCCGUAUACAUCGCUGCGGACUCGGACGCUGCGCCGCAAGACUACCUAAUCACUCACCUGUCUUCUUGAAUGCACUUGGGACCGGAGGUGGUCGAUGACUUCGACCAGCGUAUGAUGGCCUACAACGGUCUCGUACCGUACUAUGGAGGUAACGAUCCGAAUCGUUUGACGCGUCGGAGACGCGCCCCCACCCCUCAGCCUGAGAUUACGCCGCCUGCAAUGUCAAAGGCCUUGAACGAGGCAUUAGCACUGGCCAAGAACGCGCAGGGCAGCGCCGACCUGCUACACGAAGCCCUGGUCAACGCGGAGGGCCCGCAGGAACUGCUUAGGGGUAUCAUCCCGGAGUUCCGGAAUGGCUGUCGCGAGAAUGUGCUAGUGGGCAUUCUGGAGUACCGGGUGUUGACGACGCUGGGUGGUGCUGCCGUGCCCGAUGCCUUGUUGGGAUGGCCGAUGGGCGCAGCGGGCCCGCCCCCUCGACUACGUAAAUCGACGGACACGACCCAGCCUGAAUCAUGGACAGCACACUACUCGCCGAGCCUAUGCGAGUCGUGGGGUGUGCUCUCCUAGCUGAGUUGUAUAGUCAUGUGGCUUAUUCGAUGCUCGUUUGCCCAUCGCGCACAUUUCUCGCUAGCUCU